AUGGCAGUUCACGCAUCCUGCGUUGAAGCGUUCAUUCAGCAUCACCGUCGCAGCGCUGGCACUGGUCCGGAAGUUCCUUCUUGCCCUGUCUGCCGUACUCCGUACGGAGGCCACGACUGCGCUCCGGGUCCAAGAGUUCUGGUGCGACAGGUGACGCGCUGCUUUGGUCAUCAACUCAUGCUCACAGUCGCUGAGGCUUUGCGCUUCAUAGCCUUGGGCACGCUCCUCGUAAAUUUCUGCAGACAACCAACCAGGAUUAGCAGAUUUGGCCCUGAUGCUGUUUUCAGCUGGCAAUGGAUCUCGGCAAACUUGGCUGCCAUUCUUCUUGCCAUUUUCUUGUUUCACACAUUGGCAGUGCUAUUGGUAUCGCUGCCGCCUAGUCGCGCACCGCCACAAAAUCAGAUCAGCAACCGGUUCUUCACCGCAGAUAUGUGGAGAUUAGCGCGUCACGUAGCAGAGCUCUUGGCGACAGUGCUUCUCCUCGGCGCUCGAUGGAUUUAUGGAGACUUGCCGCUUUCAUACUUCAUGCCAGUAGGCUUGGUUGCGCUCCUUCCAUUGGGGCAGCUUCUCCUUUGGUACAGACCUGCAGACUGCUGCAAAGAAGCGGCUCUUAUGCUGGGCUGCUUGGUCAGCGCUCCGUGGUUUUUGGCUGUGGAGCUCAUGCAGCGGGCAUGGCAAUGCAGACUUAGCUUCUGCAAUCCGCGUCAUGGUCCAUUACACCUUCUGCUAGCCCUUCUGGCGUGUCCGCUGGCACUUAUGCGAUGGUCCAGGAAGCCAGCUUUGGCUCUCUAUGCCAUACAUGGCCUCAUCAUGGCAGUGUUGCUAUUGGAACGAGCACUUCGCUGCGACACUCUGACUCAGGCAGCGCUUGCCAGCCGUUGCUGUUGCUGCUGUGGGAUCCUAAAGGUUUUGGACCGGACAAGGCCGACGCAGGAAGAUAGACAGAACCUGACUCCCAUCAAUCAAAUUGAUGCUGCCAAUCGCGUUGUGGGCAAUGUCCGAGAGAGUGCCUGGCGGCCUGGGAAGACUUGGUUUUUUGCAGUGCUGGUUGCGUUGGAGGCAUUCAGUUUGGCUGUGGAGCAGAAGUGGGUGACCUUGCUACUGCUUUUGCUGGCUCUUCGUGCGCUGCAGCGCGCAGCGGUGGAGCCACCUCCGCCGCUACCGAGGAAUGGCCGGAACGGCAUCGGCUCUUUAUUACUGCAUGGCCCCCUUUGGUGGUGCUCCCUUCUUGUAGCUGGAGAAGCUUCAGGACUCGUUCUUCGAGAAUUCCGUCCUGUCAAUUCAGAGCCCUCAACUUCCAUCGCAUCUGCGGCCACUGUAUGGCUAAUGCUAUUGACGGCUCUUGCUGGCUCAGUGAAUUGGACUCGGUGCCAGGCUGGCUACCGACGCUGGCAAAGGCGCAACUCAACAUUCGUCCUGUCUAUUGGCGAAACCAUGGACAGGGCACAAAUAUGA